GGGGGGGUCCCGGCCGUGCCCCCCCAACCCUGAGCCGUGCGUGUGCCGCGUCCCUGCUCGUUCACGGCGAGCUAAUGAAGAGGCACGCGGUGCCCCCCGACGCGAUGCGCUGCUCGCCUUCCUCCGGGUAGCGGCGGAGAGAGGCGGCUUUGCUCCUCCCCGUCUCCGCCGCCGCUGACUCUGCCCACCGAGGCGCGCAGAGCAGGAAUGGAGGGGGACUUGGCCAGGAGCGGAGCCCGGCUGCCCGCGCUGCUGCUGGCGCUGCUCGGCCUCGCGCCAGAGCUCCUCUUCGGCCGAGCCCGGGCGCAGCCCCAGCAGGUGAUCGGCAUCCUGGGGGGCUCGGUGCUGCUCUCCCCGGCGCUGCCCCCCAGCAGCAGGGUGAAGGAGAUCGAGUGGAGCUUUUCGGCCGGCGCCGGGGCCACGAUUCAGGUGGCCGAGUUUGGCCCGGGGGGGUUCGAGCGCCCCGACCCCCAGGACCGCUUCAAGCAGCGGCUGGAGAUGCUCAACGCGACGGCGCUGAGGAUCGGGGGCCUGGAGCUGGGCGACAGCGGGGUCUACGGGGCGCGGAUCAAACUGCACCCGGCGCUGGUGGAGGACCAGUCCUUCAACCUCUCCGUCUACGAGUCGGUGCCGAGCCCCCGGACCCGCAGCCAGCUCCUGGCCAGCACGGUGGAGUGGUGCAACCUGACCCUGCAGUGCCAGGGCGCGGGCAAAGGCGCCGUCAACGUCACCUGGAGGAGGGACAACGGGCGGCGGGAGCCGGGCACCGACCGCUCGCAGCUGUCCCCGGACGGCACCACGCUGCGCCUGGCCCUGCAGCCCGGCACCGCCAACGCCACCUACGCCUGCACCGUCAGCAACCCCGCCGACCAGAAGGUCGUCCUCUUCGACCUGCAGAGCAUCUGCCGGAGCGGGGGGGGACAGGCGACCUUCUCCAAGUCGGGGUACGUGGUCCUCACCCUCAUCCUGCUGGCCGUGAGCCUGGGGGGCGCCUUCUGGUGCUGGCGGCUGAACAGCGAGAAGGCGGCGGACCCAGCUGCCACCCCCACGGUGCCGGCCGAGGAGGGUCCCCCCGACCCCCAGUACGCCGAGAUCGUGCGCCGGAGCCCCCCGGAAGGUAAUGACCAGGUGAGGAGCCCCCGGGAGGGUCGGGCGCUGCCGGCCUCGGAGGGGAGGGGGGGGGCAUUCUGGGGGGGGGUCCCCAUCACUUCGGGGUCCCCAUCAGAGCGGGUUCCAGGUCACAUCGGGGUCCCCAUCUCGUGGGGUCCCAGCCACGCAGGGCGCAGGGGGGGCUCCGCGGCACGGGGCCACCGUGGGCUCUGCAUCCUUCCCAUCCCGGGGGCGAGCGGGGAGGGCAGAUUUCUCUCCCUCUCCCCGCAGGCGCCAGCAGCGCUGGAGCAUCGGGACGUAACCCAAGGGCUGUGA